AGGUUUGCGGAGACUCCAGGUUUGCGGAGACCCCAGGAGCCAUGUCGCAGAAGCCGCUCAGCACCAUGGCCGCAGAGCGCAUGAACCUUGUGGCCCAGGACGAGAUCUGGAGAUACCGUCUGAAGGCUGAAUACGAAGCCCAGGAAAACUGGCCGACAAAGUGGGGCUAUUUAACGACCUCCAUGGAGAAGCUGCUUGAAGGUGAGGAAGAGCCACAUACCCCAAAGCCUAAGAUUGAGCUGCCCAGCCACUUCCGUGUCCGGCCAGUGAGCCCCUUGGACAAAUAUAUCAAGAUCCAUCCAUCACCUCCAGUCCCACAGACCACCCAGGGCUUCAUCGGGUGGCGAUCUGGGGUGCCAGGCCUGAACAAGUGCUUGGAGCAGGACACAGAGAUCUGCAGCUGCAAAGGGGCUUACGCCCGAGAGCUGCACUGGCCUGAGCAAGGCGUGUACUGAAGGUCACCAGCCUCCGCAUCAGGUG